AUACAUCGUUGCUAAGUGGCUCAGUUGGCUCAGUCGUUGCUAUGAACGCUUCUAGCUCUUGAUACCACGCAGCACGCCGAAAGAAGUAGUGAUGUUUUGUUCCUGUGCGAAGCUGCGCGGUGCCCUGCCGAACAAACACAGUGUCAUUUCGUACGUAAGAAAGCUUCUGAGAAGCGACAGGCAAGCUUUUCGAAGCCAGGCCACCAGAUCUAAUGCCGUCAUCCUAGGCAUCGAAACCAGCUGCGACGAUACAGCGAUCGGCGUUGUCGACGACCAGGGCAACGUUCUCGGGGAGUCCAGCCAUUCUCAACUCGAGACGCACAACGAGUAUGGCGGUAUCAUCCCCCCGAUCGCGAGGGAUCUGCACCAACAGCACAUUGACCGCGUUGCCGAACGAGCCCUCAAACAGUGUCCGGUGCCUGCCGAGGAGAUGUCCGCCAUUGCGGUUACGGUGCGGCCCGGCAUGUCCCUGUCGCUUCUGGUGGGCCUCAACUUUGCCCGCCAGUUGGCCGCCAAGCACGGCAAGCCGCUCAUUCCCAUCCACCACAUGGAAGCACACGCACUGGCCGUUCGACUGGUGCAGCGAGUGGACUUCCCUUACCUCGUUCUUCUGGUGUCUGGAGGCCAUUGUCAACUGGCAGUUGUCCGGGACAUUGACGACUUCCUCCUCCUGGGCCAAACUAUGGACGAUGCUCCUGGUGAAGCUUUUGACAAGGUUGCUCGCAGGCUGAAGCUCUCCAACCUUCCGGAAUGCCGGGGACUGAGCGGGGGACGUGCCCUGGAAUUCCUGGCUGAGAGGGACAGUGGAAACCCUCUGGCCUACCGUUUCCCAGAGCCCCUGACGAGCUACCGGACGUGCAACUUUUCUUUCUCGGGCCUCAAGAACUCCGUCUACAGGAAGAUAGAGGCGCUGGAGAAGGAACACGGGUUGGAAGCAGACGCGCUGCUACCCGAGAUCGCCGACUUGUGUGCCUCGACGCAGCACGCAGUGGCUUACCACCUUACACGGCGUACGCAGCGCGCCCUUGCCUUCUGCGAUCAGCAGGGCCUGCUUCCAGAGGGGAAGCCCACCCUCGUGGUGGCGGGGGGUGUGGCGGCCAACGCCUACCUGGGGCGCCUGCUCUCCCAGCUGUGCGAGAAGCUAGACGUGGCGUACGUCCCCACGCUGCCCAAGCUGUGUUCGGACAAUGGACUCAUGAUUGCCUGGAAUGGAGUGGAGCGUUGGAGGGCAGCAUCUGGCAUCGUAACUGAAAACUUUGAUUCCUUAGACAUCACUCCCAGGUGCCCCCUGGGAGUGGAUAUUUCAUUAUCCGUCGCUGAGGCAUCCAUCAAGCUGGAUAAGAUCAAGCUGAGCGUCUGAUAAGAGUCCUCAUCUUGCACCGAGCUUGCUACGGCUCAAGACGUCAACAUUCACUUCAGCACCAGAAUGCCAUCAAUACCAUGGUGGAAGUGGGCAUGCACUGUCACCAGCUGCGAAAAGAAAACAUCCGAGCAUUGACCAAAGGAAUGGAGAGGACUGUUUUGUGCCAGUUCUCAAUAAAAAAACUGGAGAGAGUGUAAAAAAGUG